GCGCCUCACCACCCUCACGGCCCCUCACGGCCCCUCACGGCCGCUCACUGCCCCUCGGCCAACGCCCCUCACCGCCCUUCCCGUCCCUCACCGCCCUUCCCGCCCCUCACCGCCCUCAGGGCCGCGCCCCGCCCCGCCGAGCCGCGCACGGCGCUGCCGCCCGGAUCGGUGUGCGGUUCCCGGCGCUGCCGCCCGGAUCGGUGUGCGGUUCCCGGCGCUGCCGCCCGGAUCGGUGUGCGGUUCCCGGCGCUGCCGCCCGGAUCGGUGUGCGGUUCCCGGCGCUGCCGCCCGGAUCGGUGUGCGGUUCCCGGCGGUUCGCGGCGCUCCCGGGCCCCGGUGCGCCGUUCCCGGUCCCGCCAUGGCGCGGAGGAGGCGCGUCCCUCCCGCAGUUAAAGCUGGAGGUAUGAGAGUGUCUAAAAAGCAAGAAAACGGACCUGUUGAAAAGAACACUAAACCUGCAGGAAAAGAAAAGUCAAGUGCUAUUGUCAGUUUUUCAAAACCUCAGAACAUGGGUGUCUUGGUAACAGAAGCACUGAGCAAAAUGAGCCACAAAAUUCAUGCAGCAACAUUACAAGUGGCUCACCAAAAGCCACAGCCUACCUUGGAGAAGUUCAUACUGCCUCAAAGAAUUUACAUUAUUCAGCAGCCACGGAAGUGUUAAGAUACUCGUUAAAAUAUUCGUUUACUUAAAAGUGAGUUCCUAUUUUAUAUAGCACUUAGUACACUGUGGUGAAAUGCUCAAAAGCUGUAUGCCUUGUAUCUUGCUAUGUUUCUGUUACUGACAAUAAAACAUUAGAAGAGUUACUAAA